AUGGAGAAGAAGACACUUCAAGACUACCUAGGUGAACAGCUAGUAGACCUAAAAGAACAGCUAGUAGAACUAGGCGAACAGCUAGAAGAACUAGGUGAACAGCUAGUAGAACUAGGUGAACAGCUAGUAGACCUAAGUGAACAGCUAGUAGAACUAGGCGAACAGCUAGUAGAACUAGGUGAACAGCUAGAAGAACUAGGUGAACAGCUAGUAGAACUAGGUGAACAGCUAGAAGAACUAGGUGAACAGCUAGAAGAACUAGGUGAACAGCUAGUAGAACUAGGUGAACAGCUAGAAGAACUAGGUGAACAGCUAGUAGAACUAGGUGAACAGCUAGUAGAACUAGGUGAACAGCUAGAAGAACUAGGUGAACAGCUAGAAGAACUAGGUGAACAGCUAGUAGAACUAGGUGAACAGCUAGAAGAACUAGGUAAACAGCUAGUAGAACUAGGUGAACAGCUAGAAGAACUAGGUAAACAGCUAGUAGAACUAGGUGAACAGCUAGUUGACCUAGGUGAACAGCUAGAAGAACUAGGUGAACAGCUAGUAGAACUAGGUGAACAGCUAGAAGAACUAGGUAAACAGCUAGUAGAACUAGGUGAACAGGUAGAAGAACUAGGUGAACAGCUAGUAGAACUAGGUGAACAGCUAGAAGAACUAGGUGAACAGCUAGAAGAACUAGGUGAACAGCUAGUAGAACUAGGUAAACAGCUAGUUGACCUAGGUGAACAGCUAGAAGAACUAGGUGAACAGCUAGUAGAACUAGGUGAACAGCUAGAAGAACUAGGUAAACAGCUAGUAGAACUAGGUGAACAGCUAGAAGAACUAGGUGAACAGCUAGUAGAACUAGGUGAACAGCUAGAAGAACUAGGUGAACAGCUAGAAGAACUAGGUGAACAGCUAGUAGAACUAGGUAAACAGCUAGUUGACCUAGGUGAACAGCUAGUAGACCUAGGUGAACAGCUAGUAGAACUAGGUGAACAGCUAGUAGACCUAGGUGAACAGCUAGUAGAACUAGGUGAACAGCUAGUAGAACUAGGUAAACAGCUAGUUGACCUAGGUGAACAGCUAGUAGAACUAGGUGAACAGCUAGUAGACCUAAGUGAACAGCUAGUAGAACUAGGUAAACAGCUAGUUGACCUAGGUGAACAGCUAGAAGAACUAGGUGAACAGCUAGUAGAACUAGGUAAACAGCUAGUUGACCUAGGUGAACAGCUAGAAGACUUAGGUGAACAUCUAGUAGACCUAGGUAAACAGCUAGCAGCCUUUGAAACAGCCAAGUAG